AUGCGCCCUCUCGCCUCCCCUUCAUGCAACCUCUCGCCUCCCCUUCAUGCGCCCUCUCGCCUCCCCUUCAUGCGCCCUCUCGCCUCCCCUUCAUGCGCCCUCUCGCCUCCCCUUCAUGCGCCCUCUCGCCUCCCCUUCAUGCGCCCUCUCGCCUCCCCUUCAUGCGCCCUCUCGCCUCCCCUUCAUGCGCCCUCUCGCCUCCCCUUCAUGCGCCCUCUCGCCUCCCCUUCAUGCGCCCUCUCGCCUCCCCUUCAUGCGCCCUCUCGCCUCCCCUUCAUGCGCCCUCUCGCCUCCCCUUCAUGCGCCCUCUCGCCUCCCCUUCAUGCGCCCUCUCGCCUCCCCGUGCCCGCCAGCCUGCUGCAAGCAGCGGAGGACAAGUGGCGGCAGCAGCAGGAGGCGGUGCGGGUGGCGGUGGCGAACCUGGGGCGGGCGGAGAGGGAGGUGCAGCUGCUGGGGGACGAGGUGGACGCGCUGAGCGACCUCGUGGAGGAGGCUGCUGUGCGCCUCGCGCACCACGCGCCCAUGUUAAGAGGCCUGCCCGGGAUGCUGGAGCUCGUGGAAGCCAUGAGGGCUGCUGCUCUCAGGCGGGCGUGA